AGAAAUUUGGGUAUCAGAAUAUAAAAUGGCCCAAGCAAAAGUUUUCUCCUUUGUCCUCCUUAUUGUCCUUAUCAUAUCCAUAGAUGUUAUGGAAGUGGCCAGUCAAGGAAAAUGUUGCAAAAAUCAUCCUAGCCUUGGAAAAUGUGUACCGGGAAAAGAUGAUAAUCCUGAAACUAAUGGCAAAUGUUGGGUGUUUUGCAUCUCAGAUUGUGAGAAAGGAGGCUUUUGCAAACCAAUGAGCGGUGGUCAUCAUGAGUGUCAUUGUUAUUGUUGAACUUAUUAUUAGUAUGUGAAAAAAUAAAGAAAGACAAAAGUAAAUGAUCCAUUCUCAAUUUUAAAUUCAAUUAAAUGAUGUUUUCAC